AUGGAGGAAGCCAGUUGUAUCCCUGGGUACAGAAACAUAAACGCGCAGCUUUUGUACAGGCUGCAAGAAGACUAUGCAUUCGUUAAUGAUAUAAGAGCUAGGAAGUUCCUUUACAAUCCAUAUUUCCGCAAAGAACCGGAGGGCCCAUAUGUCAAGGAAUAUCACGAAAAGUAUUCUAUGGGCGGACCGCUGAACGGGUCCGUAUUUUCCCCCCUUAUUAAGGCGCAGCAAACAAUGAAUAGACAGUGCAACCCAUUUGUUUCCUACCCGUACGGAGUUCCUCGAGAUCCCCCAUAUGAAAAGUGCUCCAAAUGUAGAGGGAACAAGAAAAGUAAAAAAGAGAAACGGGAAAAAAAGGAGAAAAAGCGCCAUCAAAGUGGUCAUCUAACUGAUCAUAUAAGUGAUCAUAUAAAUGCCUUAUUCGCUUCGAAAUUGAGCUCCCCCAUUGAUUACAACCCACUGCAGGGGAACUCGCAGCAUAAUGAAGAGAACCAUUUUUAUGAAACUGGGGACUACCCUGUGGUUCAUUAUCCACGGGAGGGAAACAGCCAAAAUGGAAAUUCACCUUACAGUUCGUUCGAAAUGACCACUGCGCACGACUUGGAAGGUACAUACCCGCGUACCAAUGAUGUAGAAAUCUCAUGUGACGAAUUGGAGAGGCCAAUAGAGAACUACGCCAACUACAUCAAUGUGGACAAGCCUGAGUACCAUUACAGCUACAACGAAAAGGCAAAUAGAAAUUCGUCGGAGAAGCUACAGAAGAUAGAAGAGAAAAUUUUUCAGUUCAGGAGUGAUCCUGACCUGAGCGACGACAGAAAACCCCCCUCUGAGGAAGAAGUCAAUUUUGAUGUAAAAGGAGAAGACCAAUUCAGCACGAUGUUUGCAGAUUCCGAUGGCGGAAGUGCAAGUCCACAUAACGCGGAAGCGCAGAACGAAGCCGAAGGUUUCUUAAGCCAGUACAUAAACGAUAUUGAAAAGAAGGGGCCAAAUGGUAGGAAGCAUCAAAGAGAGGGGAGCACAAGUGGGGAUAAUCCGUACGACACACCUGUACGAGUGAAAAGGGACGCAGAGGAUUUGUACGACAACGAAAUAGUAGCCGCAAAAAUGAAUGCGCAGGAGAAGAGAAAAACACCCAAAACGUUGGAAGUACAACCAGUUGACGGGGCAAAGCGAGAUAAGAACGACAAGCAGCCUAUCAAACAGGUCAAAAUUUGCGAACAUGAAAAUGUGUUGAAUAAAUAUAGCGUCACUGAGAGCUGUAAAAUGGGGGACACUACGAAUGGGCGUUUGAAAGUGGGAGUAUUAUCGGGGAGAGGUGCCCAUGAUUCUAACAGUCCGCGCAGUCCCCGCAGCCCCCGCAGUCCUCACAGUCCUCACACUCCUCACAGCUUGUUCAAUCAGCGCGAUACCGAAAGGGGGAAAGCGUCUGAACAUUACGGAAGAGUAUGCAGACAAGCUAUUCCAAAGUACGAAGCGGCAAAGGAUGUUGUACAGUUAAGACAUAAAAGAGAAACUACUAACACCCCACAAAUGUCUACAUCAAAUGAGGAAGACAAAUGGAGUGCUAUUUCUGCGAAAAAAAUUGCACCUAAAUACAGGAAAGGAUACUACCCAAAUAGAGACAUUAUGACACCAAAAAAGAAAACUGAGAAAAAAGAAUUAACUUAUAAAAACUCCAAAAUAGCAAUAGGGAGAACGAAAUCGCUGAGGUUUAGAAGAGAUACCGUCACUUUCGCCACCAAAAAUAUUAACUUCCAACAUAGGAAAAAAAGCAUUCUGAGCAAACAAAAAUCGAUGGCCGAACCGAAGCUCAAAAAGCAAAACACGGUAGCCUUGAAGAGGAGAAAAACCAUGUCUAGGCUAAAUUCUAUGAAAAAACCACCUUACACCAUCGUUUUAAACAAAAAGAAAGUGAUCAAUAUGAACAAAGGGAUGCAUCCUUCGGAAAACAGGAAGGAUAAAAUAAGUGGUACUACGAAUACCCCUUUGGCCGCGCGGAGAAUGCUCGCCAGGUCGAAGACCAAGGUUCUCGUUGAUAAUGAAACGAAAAUAUUUAAAAAGGAAAAUGUGAAAAUGGUUUCAAGCAACCCAUUUAACCCAAUUGCAUCUUCUGUGGAAAGUUCUAGGCGUAACGAGCUAGAAAAUGGGAAACAGAAAAAAGAAUUGGGAACGGUAGGAAGUGCCAACAAAAGAGAGAGUGCACAACACCUCAGCACUAAUGCGGAUAAAAAAAAAAUUUAUCACAACUCUGUUAGAAAUAAGCUGAAAUCGAAAAAGGAGGAAAUGUUCCAAAAUAUUAUAUCCUUGACGAAAAACAUGAAGGAAAAGCCGCUAAAGAAGAAGUACAACGACCAGAUUGACCCACGUGAUUUGCUAUCGGUCACGUCUAACAAUAGCAGCGUUGCGGUGGAUGAUGAUUUGUAG